UGAUGCUGCCCUGGCUCGCCGCUCACUGGUCCUUGCUGGGACUCCCCGUCCCGGCACUGGGCAGGACCGGGUGAUACCCUGAACUGGCAGAGCCCGGCUCGCUCGGGGGUCCCCGCACGUUUGCCGCCUGUGCUGUGAGCAGCGAUGGAGGGUGGUCGUGUCCUGGGAGCUGGGGCCGUGCUGGUGGCACUGGUGGUGCUGGGAGCCCACCCGGCUGGUGGAAAGGAGACCUCUGGGUUCUUCCAGUAUGUGUUUGAGGGUGAGUGUCAGUACCUCAACGGCACCGAGCAGGUGAGGCUUCUGACCAAGUACAUCUACAACCGGCAGCAGUACGCGCACUUCGACAGCGUUGUGGGGCAAUAUGUGGCCGACAGCCCCGCGGGCGAGUCUUCUGUCAGAUACUGGAACAGCCAGCCGGACAUACUGGAGGGGACCCGGGCUGAGGUGGACACAGUCUGCCGCCACAACUACGGGGUGUGUGCCCCUUUCACCGUGGAGAGGCGUGUUCAGCCCAAGGUGAGGGUCACCCCCAUGCAGUCGAGCUCCCUGCCCGAGACCAACAGGCUGGUUUGCUACGUGACGGGGUUUUACCCCGCGGAGAUUGAGGUGAAGUGGUUCAAGAACGGGCAGGAGGAGGUGGAGCGCGUGGUGUCCACGGAGGUGAUCCAGAACGGAGACUGGACCUACCAGGUGCUGGUGAUGCUGGAAACCACCCCGCAGCGCGGGGACAGCUACAGGUGCCAGGUGGAGCACGUCAGCCUGCAGCACCCCAUCACCCAGCAGUGGGAGAUGCAGUCGGACGCCGCCAGGAGCAAGAUGCUCACGGGCGUGGGGGGCUUCGUGCUGGGGCUCAUCUUCCUGGCACUGGGGCUCUUCCUCUAUAUGCGCAAGAAGGGCACCUCACUCCCCAGCCUGCAGGGCUCCUGAGCAAACUCCUGCCCCUGCGGCUCUGCUCUGCUGCUGCCUGUCCAGUGCCCCCCAGCGUCACCCCUGCCUCGCACUGACCCGUCCCGGAGCCCCGUGCCUCCGCACUGAUCCCCGGGGUCACCCCCUCUCUCCCAUCCCGAUUCAGCUUUGCUGUCGCUGCUCUGUAGCCCGGGGGUCUGCGUGACAGUGGCCCUCGGCUGCUCUGGCUCUGCCUAAUAAAGCGUCCUGGUAUCCUC